AUGUUAGUCCCCUAUCUUUAUGGACCUGAAUUUACUAGCCAACUAGCUAGGGAUGCUUUGUUGUUAAUUAUGUCGGCUUCUAGCAAAAAUGAAUUUAUUGCUGAACAUAUUAUUCAAAAGGGAGAUUUAUGUCAUGUAAUGUCUGCUGGUCUUUCUGCAUGUUUUUCUCAACUCCCAAAAUGUGUAUUUUCAGAGUUUGCUUUAGAUUCUAACGAAGCUCACAAAUUAAGUGUUUUUGAUGUUAAAGGAAUGCCUCAACUCUAUGAAUUCCACAAUGCUUUACUUUUUACAAAUUCUGUUGCGCGAAUAGCCCAUUAUUCAAUUACCCGUCAAAUUGUUCACUUUAUUUACACUGGAUUUUUGUUAAAAGUUUUUAAAUCAUCUAUUGUUGAGAGGGGUGACAUUACUUUGGAAGGCCAAAAGCCAAAUUUCUUCCAUUUUUGGCGAAAAUGGAAUUUGAGAAUUUUGGAGGUUGUUUUCAAAACGGCUUCAGCCCCCCAUCUCCCCUGGGCGGCGCAAAGCUAUAACUUGCUUCAAGAUUUACGAAUCACACCAAAUUUAGUAUUAAACGACUCCUCUCAUCGAGCUAAAGAGAUUGGGACAAAAAUUGAUAAGGGCCAGAAAUUUUCCAGUAAGUUAUGGCUUUGCGAUGUUAUGGACACGCGCCUAUUUGGGCGUUCAGAACCAAAAGAAGAAGAAUUAUGUUCUCGUAUAGUUUAUUUUCAUUUAUGUAUUGAAACAAUUUCUGCUACAGCUUUAUUACAAGCAUUUAUGAAAAUUUUGUUAACUACUAGUACAAAUGUAGAAGAAAAAAGUGAAGAAGAAGAAAUGAAUUUAUUUGAACAAAUUUUGGUUAAAAUGCAUGAGAUAACUCCGACCACCGGGGUCGAACCCUCAUACUUUUACCCACAAAACCUAAACUUAUCCAACUACACCAAACUGUCCCAAAAACAAAAUUUUUUUCUUCUUUCAAUUUUUUUUAUUUUUCAGCUUUGUAGAGUAACACUUUCUUUAAUCCGUACAUUAUUAUCAUUACACUGUGAAGAUUUUCUUUGGUCUACAAUAUUUCGUCAUUUACUUCCUUUCAUUCAAUUAAGACAUCCAAACCAGAGUAGACGUUUUGAUGCAAAUAUUUCGUUAAAUUCUGCAAACUAUUUUCUUAAAUGUAUUCCUGAAUGUGCUAAAAAUGUUUUGGAGCUCUGUUCGGAAGAACAAUUCGAAACAUAUUUACGAGAAGCAGGCAAAUCAAUUCGCGAUUGUGAAGAAUGUUGCUCUUGUUGGGCAUUAAAAUAUGAUGGAAGUCUGCCAAAAUGUCUGUUGUGUAAUCCUCAAAAAUUAAUAAAUUCUGAAGGAAUGAUUGUUACACCUAGACAGGCAUUUACUCGUCAUUCCUCAGCCCGUUCUUCUUUUGCCUCAACAGGAUGGAAUCGUUAUGGACAUUCUAACCGUUCAGGUCGAGGGACUUUACUUGAAGGAGAAUUAGAAUCAAACAAUACAAAUUUAAAUAGUUUGGGGGAAGAUGAUGAACAAUUGACUAAUUUAAUUGAACGUUUAGAAGAUGGAAAUGAAGUAAUUAAUAAUUUGUCUUCACAAGAAGAAUUUGGGGAGGCGAGUGUUUUAAAUGAAAACGAAGACAACAGACCCGACUAUUUUCAAUUUAUUUAUGACCGAGUUUCUGAAUCGGAUUUGGAUAGUUUUUCGAGAAGAAAUUCUGAAGAAGAUUCACAAGAAGAAUUUUUGUCUAAUAAAAAACAAAAAAAUAUUUUGGCAACAAAAAUAAACAAUAAUUCAAAUUCUGAUAGUGAAAAAAGACAAUCUAAUUUAUCUAUUAAUUUAAUUAAACAACAACAACCAACACUUUCACCUUUUAUGUCUGCUGUUGUUCAAACAAAUUGGAAUGAGGCUAAAAAUGAUAGAAACAAAUUUAUCAAUUUAUUGAAUUUAUUACCUACUCGUUCUUCAAAUAAUGAAAAUAAAUUGUUAAUUGAAGAUUUAUCUUUAAUUGACGCUCGUUGGCAACAUUUGGAAGAAUUGAGAAUUGAAAAAUUGGAAUUAACACAACAAAUGUCAAAAGAGCCAAAUCCUUUUAGAUUAAAUUUGGAGGGGGAAAGUGGAGGGGAAGAAGUGUUUUUGAAUAUUAAUGGGGGAAUUUUAAUGAAAUCAACUGAGGAAAAAGGUGCUGGAAUAUUAUUAGAAUCAUUAUUUGAUAUUCUCUCCAAUUUAACCGAAAACAGUUUUAAUACAAAUAUUCAAUUACUCGGAGUUUUUAAUUUAUUAUUUUCAUAUCCUCAACCUUUACUUACCGCCUAUUUAUUUUAUGUGGAUUCUUUACGUGGAAAUUUGCCUCUUUUGAAGAUAAAUGAUGUGAGUUUGUUUUUGGUAUUUGAAUUUUUGAUUGGGGUUUUUGUUGCUAUUUUUAAGGUAGAGUUGUUUCGAAACAAAAAAAAUUCGGAAUUCGAAAAUAUUACCAAAAAGUCGAAAUCGAAAAAAACCUCGAAAAUCGAAAUUUUUAAACAACUGCUUUUAAGUUAG